UGCUGUCAGCAUGGAGACCAGGUCAUGAGUCAUCAUCCGCUGGUGGACUCGAGCUAAGAACAUAAACUACAGAAGAGAAGAAAGAGACAUGAAGGUCCUGCGCAGCCUCCGAAAGCCUUUACACCACCGCCACCGUGUGGAGAGACGAGGUAUGGACUCUGAUCGAUGCAAAGUCACUUCAAGACAAAGAUUUAAACACUGAGGGAGAAGAGCUGAGAUCUAAAAGAGGACACGUGUACAAAUGAGGACGUUUAAUCACCGUUUCCUCUAACGUUUCAUUGAUUUGGAUGUGAGUUUUCUUUUUUGGGAGGCCUGAGGGGAAGUGGGGCUCAGUUCCACAAUCACAGCAGAUGGCUGAAGUAUUUAGUCACAAAACCGACAGUUUAGCUUACAGAUCAGAAAAAAACAAACGUUUGGAUUUUCCCAGUUGUGUUCAGUUAAAAUCCACUGAUAAACGCUGAGGGGCUUCCACUAAAGUCCACUAAACCACCACGUGUCAUUAAUCAGCAGCUUUCACAAUAAGUCACGAGGUCAGCGGCUGUGGACGUGAAUAAAGGGUUAAUAAAUGGCUUUUGGUCUAAAUUCUGCACAGCAGUUUUUGGUCUGAGGGUCCACUGGAGGAUUAACUAAGCGGACAAAGCAAGUGAGACCCCGCAGGAGGAUUUUGUCCAAUCAAAGCCCUGCGAUCAUUAGCACAGUGUACCAAUACUGUCUGCUACAAGCACGAGUUGUUCAUUUUACUCAAGUAAACAAAAAAAAUAUGAGCAUCAAAAUGUACUUUAAGCAACAAACAUAAAGUACACAUUAUGCAGGAUAGCAGGUUUAAUAUUAUAAUUAUGGAUGUAUUCACGUGUUCAUCACUUUAAUGUCGGAGCUGCUUAAGGUGCUUUAACCACCUCAUAAUGUUGAUCCUCCAGUUUAGCCUGCGAAGUUUCCGUCUGGGUUCAACAGUCUUAAUCUGUAAAAUCACAUCAUAAUUUAUUACAUGGUUACAUUCCGUAUUAUUCACCUAAGUCUGCACCGGAAGCCUACAAAAUACAGAACUACUCAAGUAAAGUACAAGUACCUCAAAGCUGUACAUCAGUACAGUCCUUGAGUAAAGGUUCGUAUAGUUACUUUCCACCUCUGGUACUCACAGGAAAUCAGCCGUAAAUCAGCCGCUGGGUUCCGUGAACACAUCACGGCGGUGUCGGUUCAUUUUUCACGGUUGUGAGCUCGAGGCUAUUAUUAGAAAGUUACGUCACAGCGUAACAGCGGAUCGCGCGCUCAGCAGAACAUCAUCGCCAUCGUCACCUCCCUCCUCCUCCUCAUGGACCGGAACCACGCAGCACCACGUGACCCGGGAGCCCCGGACUGAGCGAGCGUCUCACACACACCGCAUCAUGGCUGCGGAGGAUGCGGCCGCGCGGUUCCGAUCCGGAGCUGCGCUCUCCCGCGGGGCUCCGCUCUCUCCCUGCCGCCUCCUGCUGCUCUCGCUGUCCGCCUGCUCUCUGCUCCCCGCCCCGGCGCUCGGCUUGCUCGGCUUUCGGCCGGAGGAGACCGGGGCGGAGCUGUCCGUGGAGGACGGGGUGCUGAAAGCCACCGAGGGGACCCGCUUCAUGCUGCGGGUUUAUUACUCCACCUCCCCGCAGAGGCUGAACCGCACCGCCGGGACUCGCGCCAACAACGCCGCACCCUGGAUCGCCUUCAUCGAGGAGGCAGCGCCCGGCCGAGAGGGACAAGUUCACCCGAAGAGGAACAUGUGCAUGGACAAGAACGCCAGGACGUCCGACAUCGAGGUUUUAGGUUCCUUCAAGUCCGCUUCCAGUCAGAACUCGGUGCUGGUGGAGCUGCUGGCCAAGGACCUGCGCAGGGGCGAGAAGAUAAAGUACUACUCCAUGUGCGCCUUCGACGGAUCCAAAUGGGAACACUACCGGACGAGGGAUUUCUGGGUGGCCGUGGCGGAACGCUCGGCUGUCCCGGAGCUCUGGCUGCAGGUGUUGGUGUCCGUCCUGCUGCUCGGGCUGUCAGCUCUGUUCAGCGGGCUGAACCUGAGCCUGCUGGCGCUGGACCCGGUGGAGCUGCAGGUCCUCCAGAACAGCGGCACCGACAAGGAGCAGAACUACGCGCGUAAAAUCGAGUCGGUGCGUCGCCACGGUAACUACGUCCUGUGCACUUUACUGCUGGGCACCGCGAUCAUCAACGCCUCGCUCGCCGUGUGGAUGUGCCAGAUCCUGGGCAUGACGUGGCUCUCCACGGUCAUCUGCGCCUUCGGCAUCUUCUUCAUCGGGGAGAUCCUUCCUCACUCGGUGGCGUCGCGGCACGGCCUGGCCAUCGCCUCCAAAACCAUCUGGGUGACGCGGCUGCUGAUGGUGCUGUCCUUCCCCAUCUCGUACCCCAUCAGCAAACUGCUGGACCUCAUCCUCAACCAGGAGAUCUCCAACUUUUACACCAGAGAGAAACUCCUGGAGAUGCUGCGCGUCACCGAUCCGUACCACGACCUCGUCAAAGAGGAGCUCAACAUCAUCCAGGGAGCGCUGGAGCUGCGCACCAAAACCGUGGAGGACGUCCUGACGCCGCUGACCGACUGCUUCAUGCUGGCCUCGGACGUCGUGCUGGACUUCAACACCAUGUCGGACAUCAUGCAGAGCGGGUACACGAGGAUACCGGUGUUCGAGAACGAGCGGUCCAACAUCGUGGACAUCCUGUUCGUCAAGGACCUCGCGUUCGUGGACCCGGACGACUGCACCCCGCUGAAGACCAUCACCCAGUUCUACAAACACCCGCUGCACUGCGUCUUCAACGACACCAAACUGGACGCCAUGCUGGAGGAGUUCAAGAAAGGGAAGUCCCACCUCGCCAUCGUGCAGCGAGUGAACAACGAGGGUGAGGGUGACCCCUUCUAUGAAGUGAUGGGCAUCGUCACCCUGGAGGACGUCAUCGAGGAGAUCAUCAAGUCGGAGAUCCUGGAUGAGACAGACCUCUACACUGAUAAUCGUUCCAAGCGUCGUGUUUCUCACCACGAGCGGAAGCAGCAGGACUUCUCCAUCUUCAAGCUGUCGGAGAACGAGAUGAAAGUGAAGAUUUCUCCUCAGCUUCUCCUGGCAACGCAUCGUUUCCUCUCAACAGAGGUGGAACCCUUCAAACCAGCUCAUAUCUCAGAGAAGAUCCUGUUGAGGCUCAUCAAACACCCCAGUGUGGUUCAGGAACUCAAGUUUGAUGAGAAGAACAAGCGAGCACAACAGCACUUCCUGUACCAACGCAACAAGCCGGUGGACUACUUCACCCUGGUACUACAGGGUCGCGUCGAGGUGGAGUUUGGUAAAGAGGCCCUGAAGUUUGAGAAUGGAGCUUUUUCUUACUUUGGGGUACCUGCUAUCAUGCCAACAGUCCACAGAUCCCCCUCUCGCAGCAGCGGUUUGGACCGGUCCGAAUCCAUGCUGUACGCAGGAAGUAUGGGCCAGCUGAAUGGCGGGGGGAACGUUUACCUGCCGGACUACUCUGUCAGACAGCUCACACACCUGCAGAUCAUCAAGAUCACCCGGAGCCACUACCAGAACGCUGUGACAGCCACCCGGAUGGACAGCUCUCCUCAGACGCCUGACGCCGACGCCCGUCUCGCAGAGGGCAACACCCUGACCCCCGAGCCUCCGGUCACAGAGCACACGGCCACCUUAAUGCCACAGCAGACCACCACCCUCAUGCCCCCACCCAGAGAGCCGAGCAGGCCCGGCUCCGCCCGGACACGAGGACAGCAGUCCAGCGUCCCACACAGCACCUCAAUGCUGAACGAGAAGAACCGCAUCGUCCGUAGUAAGUCUGAUGGCCAGAAGAGUCCCAGUGAUUCAGUGUUUCUCAGGAUGGAUGAGAUUCCUUACAUCAGAGAGGACAGAUCGGAGACGGACACACACACGGAAAUGGCCUCCGUUCCCAUAGAGUCAGACACCUCUCCGUUCAUCAGCAGCCUGUCGCUGAGCGGAUCAGAGGACACACUCGGCAAGAAACUCCUGCUCAAACUCAGCCACAAGAAGAGGAAAAAAUCCCGCGAAGGGGAGAAAACACCAGAGGACAUUUCAGAACAGCCACUGGUGAAAACCUAGCAGAGUGUGUGUGUGUGUGUGUGUGUGCAUGCGUGCGUGCGUGUGUGUGGAUGGAUGGAUGGUAGAGACCUUAACGCCGCAUCGCCUGACGGUUCUUCAAGUCGCUUGAAAAGACGUUGUGUUUGACGAACGUCGGCUAUCAGAGUUUUAUCUGAAAAACAACACACUCGACACGCCUCCGCCGCAGGGGAUCAUAAGGUGGACCCAUCACCAGGAAUGUACUACAUUACUUAAACAGUAGCCUCUCAUCUUCACAGGGUUUUCAUGCUGAUGCUCAUGUAAAAACGAAUGACUGUGAAUAUACAAGGUUUGUAGUAAAAAAAACUAGUUUUUAUACUCUGUAUACCCUCCCCAUGUAGUCACAAGUGGAGCUAAAGGGAAUAAAGGUAUGCAGGAAACAAGUGGAAGACACCAAAGAUGUUGCUGUUUUGUACAAACUGCUGCAGGUUGCACAGUCUCAACAGAAGUAAACUGCUUUUGAUUUGAAAGGUCACUUGAUUGAUGCCUUUUGCCUGAUAAUGAGAUCUACAGUCUAAUACGUUGAAGCCAGUGACAGAUAUGAAGAUGGACAAAGCGUCUCCACUUCCUCUUCCGCUGUACAAAAGUGAAGCCAAAUUAUCACGUAUUUGAGUGAUUGAAUGCCUACCUGUACACCUGCCUGACCCAAUCAGGAGCAGCACUCAGCUGUCAAUCAUGACGUUUCACCUUCUGUUUAUAGCAUCAGAUCUAAUAAAUCAAAACUAAUUAACAAGGGGGGAGUAUGACCUGUAUUGCAACCAGCCACCAGGGGGCGAUCCACAUAUUUUGGCUUCACUUUUGGGGAGCUCUCAUGUCAUCCAUCUUUAUAUACAGUCAAUGGCUGAAUCCUUCUUUAACGUUACAUAUCUCCAAACCAGGGGCGUGUCCAGACUGUUUUUGGCCCUGAGAAGGACACUGAUUAAGCAGAGGUGGCUCAGUCCUGCCUCUUUCUGGGAAAAUGGCUCAUUAUAUUUAAGAAUAAUGAGGUUUCACUUAGGGUGGCCCAUCAAAUUUCAGGGGUGGCCAGUGCCACCUUAGGCCCCUCUUCUGGACACACCCCUGCUCCAAGCAAGCAUUCAUAUCCAGACUGUAUCUAGAUGUCAGUUUUUAAUUUUUUCUUUACUUUUGUCAAAAUGUACACUGACUUACACAUCUAAUUCAAGUACAUAACAUGGCCAAAAGUUUAUGGACACCAUUGUGCACAAAGACAGCUCCAUACUUCUGAUCAUGCUCUGGGUAUUUACCGG